CGGUAGUCUAAUUAACUAUGGCAGAAAGAAAAAUCAAGAAUUUAACGUCAGACUAUCUGACAUGCACGAUUUGCUUCAACGUGUUUUCUGAACCAAAGAUGUUACACUGUGGACAUUCGUUUUGUGCCAAGUGCCUGGAGGGCUACAUUCGCGUGGUUAUCAAGCAGCGUGACUUUUUCGAGUGUCCGAUUUGCAGAGAUCCGUACCAGAUUCCUAACGCAGACGACAUAAAAACGUUGGUCAAUUCGUUCAAUAACGACUCGGUGUCAUUGUCAAUACUUCAGGCAUUGGGUGUCCAAGCGAGGCCAUCUUUGGAGACGGGUGCUUCCUUCACUACUGACAGCCAUGUCGGCAUGCAAUUCUCGAUAAAUUCCCCGAGCGACGAUGAGCUUUACUGCGCUUGCGCGCGCCACACGGAGCGACACCUUGACACGUUCUGCGCGAAGCACGAGAUUGUCGUGUGCGGAGAAUGCGCUGAAACUCACCACAGUGGACCCGAGUGUGAUUGCUCCUUGGUGAAGCAAGUUAUUAACAGACGUCUGAAUGCGCUGAAGAGUCUGAUUGCUCAACAGACGUCAGAUGCAGAUCGUCUCUUUGACUCUGACACAGCGGGCGUCAAAACUGUCCGUACCGUAUACGCAGACGUUCAAAAGUGCAUUUCGGACGUAGAGGAGAGUUUUGAAGACAUUUGCAGGACCUUUAAACGUCGAAUAGAAAGCGUGAGGACGAAGGCUAAGGCAACUGUCGAUCAAGACAAAACAUGCACUGACGUUAGAAAACUACAAGCUGAUUUAGUGUCCGGUGUUAAAUCAUUGGAGUCAGAAACUAUAUUAAUGAACCCCAAUGAAAUCCUUAAAACGAUCGCCAGUAUGUGUUUAAUUUCAUCGGAACUGCAAAUGAACAUCGCGGAACUUGCCGAGAAAAUUAAGUCCGGAUCGUUAAUGAAAUACGUAGAAAAUGACCUGAAUCUUUUAGACUCGUUUGUGUCUGGCGUUAAGGCUACAUUACCCGAUGAAUUCAUGACAAUCGAAGAAAACUAUAAAGAGGAACCAAAUGAAAAAGAUUUUGUAGUAAUCACUUCUAACGGAACAUUCGCGGAUCGCCCAGAUGCGGGUAACGAGAAGAGUGACGUGUAUAUGCAAGUAACAUUUAGCGCAAAGUGUCCGAGGGAAGACAAGUGUAUGUUAUCUGGUGUCGCAUUGACAGGGACCUCGGCAGCAAUUAUCGUUGACCAGAAAAACAAGAAAAUCAAAAAGUUUAAAAUACCAGAAGGAACCUUUCUGCAUGAACUUGUUGUUACCAACGAACCACACCAGGUCGCGACUCUGAGAGAAUCCAGUCACGUAGCUGUGUCAUUGUGGGAUGUUCCAAAAAUCUUGCUUCUAUCAACAGACCCUGUUCUGAAAGUUAUUACAACGAUCGAAACGGCGACUGAAUACAUCGGAAUUACCUCGCAUCUAGUUGACAGGCUUGCUGUGGCUAGUAUUCAAGCGAGACGCGUCGAUGUGAUUGACACUGAAGAAAGGGAUGAUCACUAUGUUAGAAAGUCAGAAACACUCUUUCAAUCGUGUCGACGACGGUCUUUUCCGGAUAGAUUAACAGCAACGAGCGACGGAAACGUUGUCGUGAGGAAUCGGCGACGGAACGAAAUUUCGUGUUUUGGCGGGAACAAAUUGUUGCUAUGGUCUCGGCGACUGAAGCACUCAGUGGCAGACAUUGCGUGCGUAAGGGGAAGGUUGUACGCUACUUUCAAUGACAGGAAUGAGAUCGCGUCGAUAAGGGAGGAUGGUCAAGGCCCAGUUGAAAUUCUCAGCUACAAGGAUUUUGUAAAGCGACCGUGGGCUAUCGACGGGUUUAAGGAUUGUUUGAUCGUGACGGAAGAUGCACCAUCGGAUAAAGUACAUCUAUUUUUAUUUCAAGUAAAGUACAUACGAAUCGGCGACGGAACGAAAUUUCGUGUUUUGGCGGGAACAAAUUGUUGCUAUGGUCUUCGGCGACUGAAGCACUCAGUGGCAGACAUUGCGUGCGUAAGGGGAAGGUUGUACGCUACUUUCAAUGACAGGAAUGAGAUCGCGUCGAUAAGGGAGGAUGGUCAAGGCCCAGUUGAAAUUCUCAGCUACAAGGAUUUUGUAAAGCGACCGUGGGCUAUCGACGGGUUUAAGGAUUGUUUGAUCGUGACGGAAGAUGCACCAUCGGAUAAAGUACAUCUAUUUUUAUUUGUUUAAUUUUAGGCUUAAACUACACACGAGAAAGGCUGCACAGUAGUCAGAAUGGUGUCAUACUAGAACACAGUUACUACAUAUCAUGUCAGGAUGUGAACACAUGUUCAAAGUCAAUUGUUAUUCGUUGUAUUGAUUGCUCUAAUUGCUCUUGCUUAUAUAUCUAGUGAGGUUCGAAUACCGGAAUUAUGUUUUACAAAAUAUGUUGACAUUAUAUCAUGAGUAUGUCAGUAAAAGCGGCAGUAUUAAUAUACCUUUUUUAUUUGCUUCUUUCUAACGUCCAAUAGUCUUUAAUUUUAGUUAAGUUUUGUAAAUACUUGUUACAGAUAAAAGUGAUACAUUUUCCUUCAAACUUCAAUGUGUAUGCAUGUAUAAACAAGAUUUUUUGUUUUAAAUAACGGCAUCAAAUAAGUACCACGGUGAUUGACAAUUAGCUGUUUUAGUAUGCAACUGGUUUGCCAUAUGUGAUUAUAGCCAUGAUUAUUGAAUGGCAAUAGACGAAAAUACAAUUAGAUUUAAUAUUGAUUUAAAUUCAUCGUCAUUUUGAAUAUCUUUAUGCAUUGGUUGAAAUAUUGAUAUAUAAAGAUAAAUGUAUACUCAUGCAAUAUUUGACAUAACACAAUAUGUUUGACAAUGAACAGUGUUGACAGUGCAUUUUAUGCAUGUAUCUUAAAAUGGAAAUAUGAUUUUGAAUAUGUUCCUCUUAACAGUCAUUACGUAUAUGUUACAUGAACAAUAACUAUAUAAUAGUGUGUGGAAGCUAUAUUUUUUUAAUUAGUAAUUUUUUUCGUGCAGGUCCUUAAAAGCGGCAUCUCUGUGUGAAGUAGCUUAAAUCAUCACGUGAUAAAUUAUUCUCCAUCGUCGUAUACCCACGCGUGCAAGGCAGAUACAUUCUAAAGUUAUCAUACCAUGUAGAAAGCCGCUGCGCCGUGCGUUUUCUUUUGUACAGUGUUUUUCAAAUAAAAGGAGAUUUCGGUUGUAAA